UAAACAUAUUGUUCUUAUUAGUUUAGAUUUAUCAUCAGAAAUGUUAAAACCGAAAACUAAUUUAUUAAUAUUUUGUCUGUUCGCUGGUACUGCAGUAUUUGGAGAAGAGGAUGUCUCUGAAUGCACGAGAUACGAUCCUCAAGAGAUCAAGGCGACCUUCUUCGAUCCCAGUUUCAGCAGUACUCUAAACUUUUAUCUUGAAGCUGUCUCAGAGUUUGAAAAUGCAAUCCAGGACCUUAAGGACAAAUUCCCAAAGAUGGCUGAAAAAUCAAAUCCUAUACAAGCAGCACAAUUCUUUGCAAAUUUUAAAGAGGAGAUAGGGAUUUGUUUGAGAGCUCAUGUCAGGCACUGGUCGAAAAUUACAGAGACGCAAUUAGAUAUCUUGGACAAGAGGUAGAGUUUUAAACUUUGCAGGAUUUGAUA